ACCGCCACCACCACCACCAUCGCCACCACCACAACCACCACCGCCACCAUCACCACCACCGCUCCAACCGUCACCAUCACCACCACCGCUACCACCACCACCACCAUCACCACCACCACCACCACCACCACCANCACCACCACCACCACCAUCACCACCGAUCGUUAUGAUAAGGUGGUGAUGGUGAUGAUGAUGCAAGUAGUAUAUGCUUUUAAGAUCAGUUUAACCUCGAUCGCCAGCGCCACAACCACUACCACCAUAACCAUUACCACCACAACCGCCACCACCAGCUCCACCAACGCAACCACCAUUACAACUACUAAAAACAUCAGCACAACCACCAUAAUCAUCACCACUAGCACCACUACAACAAUAAUAACCACCACUACUACAACCACUACGACUAUCACAACCACCAGCAUCAGCACCACAAACAUUGCCGCAACCACCACAACAAUCAUCGCAACCACCAUUACCACUUACACAACCACAACCACCACCGCUUCAAUAACUGCAUCCACCAUCACCACCAGUACCAACUCAAACACAAUCACAACAAUUACCACCUCCACCACAUUAACCAGAACUUCUACAACUACAAUUUGUAUCACCACAAUCACCACCAUCAUCACCACCAUCAACACCACCAUCAAUACCUCGACAACCAACACAAACCCCACCACCAUCACCAACUACUCCACAACCACAACAACAACCACAACUACUAUAACUAAAUUGUGUAUCACCAACAUCACCGUUUGCACAACAACAAUUAUCACCAUUACAACCAUCACAACCACCACCAUUACCACUAUCACAACCACCAGCAUCAAAACCACUACCGCAACCACGACAACAAUUACCGCCACCAACAUUACCAUAACAAUUACCACCACCACUAUUGCAACUACCACGACAAUCACCACCACUAUCACAACCACCAGCAUCAAAACCAAAACAAAUAUAACUAUAACACAACCAGCACCAUCACAACUAACACACUCACCACAACCACCAAAACCACCAAAACCACCACCAUUACCAUCAUCAUCAUCACCACCAACACUAACACCACCAUCACCAUCACUAUCACCAACUUUUACCACGACAACCAACAUCACCAUUACCACCUCCAACACCACAACCACAUCAACGACACAGAUUUCAAAUAGCAUAUAUAGUAACAAUGCCAUGCAAAUGUAA